AUGUUAUGCUGCAGCCUGCUGAGCAGCACCUGGGCUACGGCUACCGGCUUGGCACUGGGUCUUUGGCGCAUGGCUGCUGGCUUUCCCGCUUGCUGUGGAGAGGAGUGGUUCCAAGUGGCGAUGGCUCAGCUGAAUCGUGAAGUUGGCAAGACAAGAUGUGGGCGGGUGCAGGUUGAUUUCUCGGAAAUCGGGAAUCCAAUGACGCACAGCUUGGCGCUGUUUGUGCAGCUGUAUGCCCGGCGGCCACUGCUGCCAAGAAACGUUUCCUUCACUUUGAUGAGAUAUGUCAUAUACAACGCGCGCCUGGUCGACAUGUUCUGCCCAGUGCUAUUGCCUUUGGUGCAGUAUUUGCAGGCCGAGAUGUCACUGCUGUCAGCGCUGCCAGGUUUAUCCGCGGAAGCUCCUGGGCGGAUAGUCAACCACAUCCUGGCAUCGGCAGCUGUUCACGAGAAGGAGGCGUAUUGCACUCGGCGAAGUCAAGCGAUGCGCAAAUACGGUCCUUUGGGCCAGUCUUUGCUGACCCAGGCGAAGCUGCGCAUUCGUCGAUUCCAAGCCUAUGUUCGCAGCCCAGGUCCUUGGUUCAAACCAACAUGGGCAGGGGACAUUGACGUCAGAUUGGCGCUUACGUGGCACGUCGGUUUGAAGGAAACUCCUGUUUCCAAGAACUUCUCCGCUGGCGCCAUGUUUGGACCACAAGCCAUGUGGAUGGCUUCCAGCGUGGAUUUGUGGGAGCAGGCACUGCUUUCCGUAGCUCGGGCAUUGACCUUCUUGCGGGACAGAUGGAGCGCUGCAAGUCCGAUCAGGUUCUUCUUCACGGGUGGUACGCUGUUGGCCCUUCUGCGCUACGGCACUGUAACCUGGGAUGCUGGAGAAGGCAAAGUCGACUUCGUUGAUAAGGAUGUGGACGUCCUCAUUCUGGCGGACUCGCCGCUCGAGUGGUGGAAGGCCAUAGCGGCCCUCACGGCUGAACUCGAGAAUGACGGCUGGACAGGCUGCUCCUUGCUCAUGCGCGAGUCGUCAACUUUGCCACAUGAACUGGAGGUUUCGCAGCUUGCGCAGAGCAAGGGGGCCAACCUUUUCUCCCGCGGUGUGGCCGAGCUGGCUUGCGCCCUGAUGGGUAAAGAUUCUCGAAGUCUGCGACCUGCCCUGGUCCCUUUCAAUGCAGUUUGGGUGCAGGCCUUCGAGUUUGACAAACUCGAGCGCGGCCGCCGUUGGUAUCGCCAAGUGCCGUUUCUGUCGACAGCUGCCUCAGUGCUGGCAUCCAGCCCAGCCUGCUCACCAGCAGAUGGACAGUGCGUCCUGCUGGGAGCAUUCCCGUUCCAGGCAUGGAGAGGCGCAUUACCAGUGAGUGUCCUCCUACCGGAUUCCAGUUGUGUUUUCGUCCCGGAGGCCCCGCUCGUCCGGCAAAUACUCGGUGUCAAGGACACGGUCAAGUAUGCAAAGGUCGUGCUUCCGUGUCCAAGAUUUUCUGUACAGUUGCUACGCUGGUACGAUCGAGGUGAGCUCUGGGGGCGCGUCAGUGGUCGGCCCUGUUUGGCGCUGCCACUGGUGGUUGAGCACGACAGAGUCAGCAACAACGCAACAGCCAAGCUGCAUCAACGGGGACUUUCAGCCCAGUCGACGAGUUUGAUCCACAGCCGCAUGCGACUUCUGGAGUGGCUUGGCGGGGCCAGCCUUGCAGCGGACUUGUCGAACUGUACUUUCAGUGCCGAUGGCAGCUACCAGGUGUCAUUCUCAAUGUUCAAGGGCUCCUUGAACCACGAAGCCGACUGUCCCCCCAAGCUUCACCGCGGCAACACCGUGGACUGGCGAAGUCCACCGGACUGCCCCGACCGGGUGCAGGAGUACAAUGAUCGGAUGCUCUCCAACGUUAGCUAUGUUUGGCACCCGCAUGGCUAUCAAUUUCAUCGGGCACAUUAUUCUGCCAUGGGGCUAGGGGGUGGCGGCGGAGAAAAGGUGAUGGGAUUCCGCUGUAAUUUUCUGUUCUUCAUGAACCCUAGGAAAGCCGCAGAGAGUCCAACUGCCAUGUUGUGCCUUGGGUGCAAAUCGCAGCUGGCCAACGUGGACGACCUCUGUGAGGUUCACCUGAUCUUCCGGCCGGAAUGCCGCUACGCCUUGGAUGCGUCCAUGGUUGUGCAGGAGCCUGCCAAGAAGAAGGCCAAAGUGACCUGCAGGAGCUGCAAUCAUGGCGUGGCGUCCGAGCUUCCAUUUGGUCCGAGCGGUGCGCCGUUUGUUGGCUUUGCUUCGGAUGCUGUCCUGGUUCUGAAUACAUUUCUGAGCAAGAAGCAGAAGUGGAAUCUUGUUUGCCGUGACGAACCAUUCCGGAGAAUAGAGAGCCGCAGCGAUGAUAAUUUCUUCGGCCGGACCGCACAGGCAGCAAACCUUACGCCGUCCGAAAGUUCUGCAUACCCGUCUGGUCGACUUGGCGAGGCUGAUGCAACGAAGUCGAAUGCAGAUGUGCGAUUCGCCGAACUUUUGAACGACUUUUCAUGGCAGGGCCUGACUGACACUUGGCCGCGGCCAUAUCAGAUACAAGCUUUCGUGGAAAGUCUUGCUCGGGAUUUGCUUGUAAUCUUCCCGACGGGCUGCGGCAAGACGUUGGUGGCUUCUCUUCUUCUGGCUCGUAUGGCACGCCUGAAUCGCGAUCGUAUGGGCCUCUUCAUCGUUGAUCGCGUUCCUCUUGUUUUCCAGCAAGGGGCAGCGAUAUCGAUGGAGACCCAGUUGAGGGUAUGUCGUGUUUGUGGCGAGAACAAGACCAAGGCGACUAUGCGGGAGCUGCAGGAUGGCACAUACGAUGUGCUGGUCGUCACUGGUGGAGCUUUUUGGGAAAUGCUGUCCAAGGACGAAUUAAGCCUUGACAUGUUCGCCACCGUAGUGGUGGACGAGGCGCACCACGUUUCCGGCGAGCAUGUUUUUGCAAGGAUCUUGGGCAAAGUGCGGAACCUGCCCGUGGCACCCAGCCGUCGCCCGCGGCUUCUGGGACUCUCUGCCUCGCCUUUCGCUGCGCUGAGCGCCCGGGUGGCAGAGACGCGCUUGCGGGAUCUGCAGGACUGGGUGAUAUUGGACCCUUCGCAGUCUCAACAGCUUUCCCUGGACUGGUUGGCAGGCUGCCUGCGGGCAGGUGCCAGCAAGAUGGGCUUGAUAGGAGCUGGCAGCAUCCCGGAGGAUUUUGGCAGCACGCAGCAACUGGGAUGCGUGUCCUUGACGAUGCUUCAAGCCUUGGUCGCUGGCGGGGAGCACUACGUGGCGUGGAGGACAGAUUCCUUGCGAAUAAAAGUUCACAGCCAGGAUUGCCAGGAGUCGAAGAAGAAUCUCAAGGGAGUUGAGGCUCUUCACCAGGUGGUGGCCAUGAUGGAGGUGUGUCUAGUGGUUGGCACUGCGGAGAUCAAGAAGCACUUGGCAGCAAGAGCUGAAGAUGUUCCCUGGUUACGUGCAGCCCUGCAGGCUUGCCCACAACAUCGGGCUGAGCUCAAGUCGCCGCAGCUUCUUCAGCUCUCGAAGGUGCUGCAACCACUGUCAGCAGACAGCCGGGUCCUCGUCUUCGUGAUGACCCGAGCGGCUGCUCGCCAACUCUGUGCUGUGCUGAACGAAGAUGAUGAAAUUGCCAAAAAGUUUUCUCCACGGAUUAUCGUGGGCCAGGGAGGUGCGGAUGGCAUGGACUGGGAGAUGGGCCAGGGUGCGGCCUUGGCGGCCUUUGCUGAGGGUGAGACCCGGCUCCUGGUGUGCACAUCUGUGCUGGAAGAGGGCUUGGACGUCGCAUCCUGCGACCUCGUGGUGCGUUUCCAGGGCGUGAACUCCUUGACAUCCCUGAUUCAGAGCAGAGGCCGAGCUCGAAAGGCUAGAAGUCGCCUCGUGGUCAUGCUUCCCAGCCAGAUGCGGUCCAAGGUUCUCGAGAUGGAAGACCGCGAGCGUCUGAUGGAUGCGAUUCUGGAGCAGUCAGCCGCUCGACAAUCCGUCCCGUCUGCUCGCACUGAAGAGCGGAUAGCACAGCUCUCUGUCGAGCAUGCGGAAGAGAUCGUCUCUCUGGGAAACGAGGCUGAGACUGCCAACACCGUGGAUGCCUCUCAUGGAGGCAAAGGCUUGGUCCUACGAUUGGUGGUCUUCGAUGGGGAGGGCGAAAAGGAGUUGAAAGAUAUCAUCUUGCGACAGCUGCAGGGCAAUCCGCUGGCUCUACGGGUGCAACGCAUAGAAAGGAUGACCCAGCCUGCAGAGCUCGUCACGGCCUGUCCAGGCCUAAGCUCCACCCACGACGUCGCCUUCAUCGUCAGUGUCAAGGGCGUGACGGCAUCAUCUCGGCCAGCCCGACCGAGCAUGCUGUAUGAAAGCAUUUGCCGCACGUGGGACUUCCAAGCUCGAGUUGAGCAGAAGAAGCUGAGCAUCUGGUGUCAGCGUGAAAGUGCUAGUGCCCGGAAGCAGUGCGUGAAGCUCAGCUGGCGGGUGAAAGAGAUGGCAGUCGGCAGAUUUUGCGGGCGCCAUGAGUUCUGGGAGGCUGGGCGGAUGGUGGACGACUCAGACGAAGCCACUGUGCGGUUCGGCGAUGGGCAAGUGGAGCUCCAAGUGCCGGACAAGUGGAGCACCCUUCAAACGGGUCGGUUUGCGCUGCUUCUUCGCGGCGCCAGCGUUUCUCACCUUUGCAUCAAGCUCAAGCUGCCGACCUUGGCAGGGUUUGCAUGUUUGGCUUCUCGGAGACAGACGUUGUACCUGCCCGUGACGAGCACGCCCAUCGUUACUGUCUGCUACACACAGGGUGGACAGAGCUACGAAGAACGUCUGGUCGGAUUUCAGUCACACCCCCUGCUCUCCAGACUUGCCGAGAGCUUCGUGAUGGCAAUUGGCAUAGACGCGCCUGAUGCGGUGAGUGCGGAGAGCCUGCGCGAGCUUCUCGCAGAACCGCGUUUCCUGCCAGUACCAGUAUUCGACACCCGCAUAGCCCAUGUGGCCGAAGCCAUCUCUGAUGCCGACCAUGCAUUCUCAGUGGAAGAGCCUUUGUUGCCUAAAGAGAGCGAGCUUGCCUUGCUAAGCAACUUACACUGGGCAGUCGGCGUGCUCUGCACCAACAGCACAGCUUUGCAGCCGCUCGGGAAAAAGCGAGUGGUCACACACUGCCUCGAUCUCGCCAAAGCUCAUGCUGGGCCUGGCAGUAUUGAAGCUGCUGAAGCAGCCGUCUACAGCACAUUGGAAGCCACCUUGGAAUCUUAUUGGGCAGAUGCUGAAGCUGUAUUCACUGCUGCAUUUGAUUCCAUGAAGGGAAUGCCAGCUGAGCAGAUCAACAGGCUUCGCGGGGCGACCAGCAAUGGAAACUACGUCUUGAUGAAACGAGUGGCUUGCACACCAUCGCGACUGGUUCUGCUGCCACCUGUUCCAAUGCAGUCAUCCAGGCUUCUGCGCCGGUGGAGUCAUUGCAACUUCGUGUCCGUACGCUUCGUGGAGGAACAGCUGCAACGCGUUCAUGGCACGGAGAUUAUGACGCAUAUAGAAAGUGUGCUGAGAAAUGGCUUGCGCAUUGGUGGUGUUCUCUUCAGGUAUUUCGGCUCUUCCGCAUCUCAGCUUCGCAGUCACUCUGCGAUGUUCGUAGCCGCAGAGCAUGUGGAGAUAGUGCAGAGACUGCGAUCUGAAAUUCUGAUAGAUGCAAGCGCGUUCAAAACCGUCGCCCAGUAUUCCUCUCGGCUCGGCCUGUUCUUGACGGCAGAUGAACCUACUCUUGAGGUCGACCAUGCCGACACGUACGAAGCGCCGGAUAUCAUGUCCCCCAGCGGCAAACUGUUGACAGAUGGUGCCGGGAAAAUCAGCGAAGACCUGGCGCGUGACGUGGCUUCCCAUCUGGGCCUCGAUACGAUACCUUCAGCUUUCCAGUUCCGCUGGGCUGGCCUGAAAGGAGUGGUGACCAUUGUUGUGGCGGAGGACCCAGAGCUGCGCAAGGCAUCUGUCGAGCUUGGUCGGGCUUGCAAACUGCUGUACCGACCCUCCAUGAAAAAGUUCGAGGGAGAUGAUGUUACAUUCUGUGUGGUCAGCUAUGCUGAGCACCAUCCAGUUUUUCUCAACAGGGAGAUCAUCAACCUGCUGACCAGCCUUAGCCGCGUGGGCAGCCGAUGGGAGAUUGACGCAGCCUUGACCAGACGACAGGAAGCUGUUCUGCAGCACGCGAGCGAGAUUUUCACAGAUGAAGACAGAGCGUUCGAAACGCUGAAUGAAAUGUUGCCAUCGUCGUGGCGGCACCGCUUGGUCCAUGCACGUGAAGGCAAAGGAUUGAUCAAUGAGCCUUUCUGGCUCUCAGUGCUCGCCAGGGCUUACAGACUGCAGGUGCGAGACCUGGUGCAGCGCGCGAGGAUCCCGAUCCCGAUAACGGAUGGAUGUCUUGCCAUGGGAAUACCGGACCCUCUUGGAGUACUCCAGGAAGGCGAGGUCUUCCUGCAGUGCGAGUACAAAGAUUCGAAACAACGAUUGCAGCGGCGUGUAAUCGAAGGUGCCGUGAUCAUCUACAGAAAUCCGUGCUUACAUCCUGGUGACAUUCAGAAGUUGCGAGCAGUCAACAGAGCAGAGCUGCUUUUCCUCAAAAAUGUCCUGGUGCUGCCAGCGGUUGGUGUGAAAUCUGUUGCCGCUUCGUGCAGCGGUGGAGACCUGGAUGGCGACAAAUUCAGUGUCAUAUGGGCUCCAGACCUGGUGCCUCCAGACUGCUGCAUGCAGGACCCGUUGGAUUACGAUGCUGUUCUGGCAGAGGCUGGCCCUGCUGUCGGAGCCCAGCCGGCUGCAAACGGCAUUUUUGCAGAGGAGGACUUGGUACACUUCUUUGUUCGAGUCGUAGUGAACGACACCCUGGGAAAGAUUGCUCACAUGCAUCUGGCCUUUUGCGAUGCCUCCGAGCAAGGUGCUCUCGAUCCUUUGGCAAUUGAGCUUGCCAAAUCGCAAUCGCUUGCUGUCGACUUUCCGAAGACCGGCGUUCCUCCGAGUGUUCCGCAAGCAACGCUGGAGGGCCUGAAGUCCAACGGCUUUCCUGAUUUCAUGCAGAAGCCUGGAGCGGACACCUACACCUCUAGCAAGACUCUGGGCAGCUUGUUCCGCCGCUGUAUCUCACUGGAUGCCGACUUCGAAAUGGCUUCGUCCCUGGACCUGGAUCCACAAUUCUUGCUCCCGUCUCGGCGUAAGUGGCAGGCAGAUGCUCGCCAGGUGUAUGCACACUUUUCCAUAGAGGUUGGCCGCUUGAUGGUGCUUCAUGGCCUUCGCCACGAAGCAGAAGCAGUGCUUGCCAGAGCACUGCACUGGCCGUCCACAACUACUGACAAAGAGAAAGCAUCCAACAUGAUCGCCUGGCACCUGGAACUUAUCAUGAGAAAGUUCAGAGACAAGUUCUUCGACUUCGAGACUGUAAGCAUGGAUGUCACUGCGCGAGCGAAGGCUUCUGCAUGGUACGAAGUCGCCUACGAAGGAGGGAAUUCGGAUCGGUUUCGAAGAAGAUGCUUUGCUUGGAUUGUGGACGACAUCUUGCACGAGAUAACCCAUGAAGUGCGGUCGCAAGGUCAGAAGCUCGACAACUGCGGUGUGGAAGCUGUCCUGGCACUGGUUGGCGAAAGUGUGCGAGCAGAGUUGUUGGAACACUUGCCGGCCUUGCAGCAAGUGGUCUCCGGCAAGCUGGCCACACUCGGCUUGGUGCAGCGCACGGUCGAUCUACACUGCACCAAGCUAUGUGGGAAGUCAGGUAGCUUUCAACCAUUUCGCUUUCAUCCGUUCGGAUCAACUGCCCUUGGUCUAUGCGAGCAAGAGUCCGACCUUGAUAUUUUUGCAAUGAUUCAACCGGAACUUUUUGCAGAGUUCGUCCCCGAGAGCAGUUUGGCAGCUUUCCAGCGUUGCACAAGCCAGCAACAAGCGAAGCACUUUUUGCAAACCGUGCUGUCCCCGGCUUUGGACGUCAUUUCCGUGGAAAAGAAGGAGGUUCUCGAUGCACGUGUCCCAGUGCUACGGCUGAGCUUGCGCCCAGUGCUGGAUGCAACCGAAGCAGACGACGAGCAGAGGGUGGACGUGUGCCUGAGCCCCGAAGGAUGGCUGAAGGCGGAGCACUUUUACGAGAAGUUUGCUUCCAGUCCUGCAGCGUACGGCGUGAUUUUGCUGCUCACGACAUGGGCACGAGGUGUGGGCUUGGUGCGCUCCAGUGGUGCACAGGCAGCCGCUGCAGGAGCUGGAGAAGCAGCACUUGUGCCAGGAGAGUGGCAGGCACUGCUGCUGUUCUUGUUGGAGACGGAUGACGCUUUACAGAAGACUGUUGCGCAAUGUGCCCGGCCCUCCGGACUCCGAACUGCAAAAGUGGAAGCUCGGCUGGUGCAGCUGAUGGACUUCGCACAGAGCGCAGCACGCCAAGACUGCAUGGACCUGGGGAGGCUGCUGCAUGCUUUCCUGGCAGCUUUGAGGAACUUGAAAGAGGAAGCUGUCCGAAUUGAAUGGCCCAUCAAGGAUCGUCCUUAUCACGAGCUUGCUCGGGGAGCCUGCAAGAUGGUGGCAAGUUGUUCUAAACAUGCGGUAGAGAUUCUGGCUGCUAGCCGCCGGGUGCAAACGAUGCUUCGGUCCUGCCCGGAGAACACCAGCGCGUCAAUUGCAAGGCGAUUGUCUCGUGCAUUGUCGCACCGACUCUACAGCCACCUUGCCUUUCACGAGACCUAUCUUCGAGAGGUGUCCGGUGCUCACGUGAAGUUGGAGGCCUUUGAUGGCUCCGAUGUGCUCUACCUCUCUGCAUCAGGAACGCGGUCCAACAUCCUGCAGCUGCAGCGACAGCUGCGCCACUAUACCACUGCAGCCCACGCUCUGGGAAUGCCAUCCACGAAGGCUUCGAGAUAUUUUAUGGAGGGAUCAACGCGACUUCUCUUCGCAGGCGCCAUCAACCUCACGAUGCGCGUGCGCUUUGUGGAGUUCAAAGGGGCCUACUUGCCACUGCAUGCUGCUUGUGAGCGUAUGCUGCCCUGUCUGAACAGCAUCGACCAGACAUGUGGCUGGGAGGACUUGGCAUUGCAGCGGUUCUUGGAUUUAUGGACGAGCCAACUUUCAAAGCUGCGGGCCAACAGCAUCCACCUGCUAGACGUUCUGGCAGUCCGAGUGCGAUUCGGCACCAUGUACGUGAACGAUGUCACCAGCAAGCUGCCGGAGACAACCUCAACAUGGUCGAUCGCAGACCUGGAAGAGGCCGUCGUAAAGAACCGCCGCAACCGAAAGACAGCAGAACGCAUGGCGCCAGAGCCUGCAUUUGUCAAGGAACGUUCCAAUGAGGCAAAACGACCCGACAUGGUUGUGCUGCGGCCUGCGAAAGGCUCAGCUGGCCAGCCUCUGAAGAAAGGGAAGAAGCAGAUGCGAAAGAGGAAGCAAUGCGGCUUGGGGAACACCUUCUGUCCCGGAUUGUUCAAGGACAAUCAGCCUUCUGACCCCAUCCGGGUGCAAUGCUGGAACCGGUAUCACGAGGCACUGGCAGCGGCUGGCUUCGAGAAGGUUGACGACCCAGACAAGCACCGGCACUGGACAUUGUCAAUAUCAGCAAGCAGCACUUUUGAAAUUGAUUGGGGACUAGACGAAUCACUUCAGACCAUCUUCAUCAACGAGCGCCCGUUGUGCUGGGUCCACGCCACACUGGUUGCCAAUCGAAGCGGCCGCAAAUACCAACAGUCGGCCUUGCUCGAUACUCACGACUUACGAAUCAAGGUCGAGACGACAGAGGCCAUCAAGACCGACAGCAAGCUCUAUGAUGCCGUGGUUGCCAACAAAAGACCUAUUCGUAUCAAUGGUGGGAUUCCAGCUGUGGAUUCAACUGCCUCCACCUGGCUGCGUGAGAGGCUCUCCUUUGCACGACGCGUGGACUCCAGACAACGGUAUCGGAAGCGACAGACUGUCAAUGCGGGCUGGCUUCAUAUUGAUGCAGUCGUGUGCUCAGGAGAGGAGUUCAUGGGACGCGACCUGGGCCUAUCGCGGAAGUUUUGUGAGCUGAGCUUGCAAGUGCAAGCCGCAGAUGUCAAACUGGCUCUGGAACAGGGCAUGCUGGCAACAAGGUCCCUUGGGGAGAUGAUCUGGAAGACUGCGCGAGAAGUUUCUUGCCAGCUCUCAACGACAGGUGCCAGCGCUGGGUAG